UGGCGCGCGACCUUCUCUCCCCACCACAUUCUCCCCCCUCCUCUCUUCUUCUCCAAUCCAUCUCUCUGUUUGUCUCCUAUCCUUUCCUCUCUCCCACUUAUCGACGGACUUCCUGCGAGGAACACAGAGGGCCAUCCAGCAUCAUCCGUGGCUGCUGAAUUCCUGAUACGUCUCUGUUUGAUGCACAUUGGUCGUCAGGCACUUCCUCUGCAUCACACACCUAUGCUGCGGCUGCGUGAUGGAGGAAGCUAACGCCCCAGUGACGACCAGCCACCCCUCCUCCACCGCUCCUGAUGCGCCUCCGGACCCGGCGGCUGUUCCAUCCAGUUCUGACCAAGGCUCCCAAUCCUGUCAGGCCCAGCAGCAACAGGUCCACCAGCUGGAUGAAACGCGAGAGCCGGCGGGCAGCAGCUACGAAGCGUCAGAGAUCGCCGGCCGCUUCAACGAGGCCAUCGAUCCCAAGGCCGGCAUCGACGCUGCGGCGCCCAUCGUCGAUUCCGUCAAGGGCGCCGUCAGCAAAUUCGGAGCUGUAGGGGUUGUUGAUUGGAGAGAGAAACGCAAGCAUGUCCAGGAUGAGCUCGACAAGGUGCGGGAAGAGGUCACGGAGUACCAGAAGAGAGCACAGGAGGCGGAGGCCGGCAGAGCGCAAGCUCUGCGGGAGCUGGGAACCGUCGUGACCGCUGCCGACGAGCUGGGCCUGGGCCUGGAGAUGGCGCGGGCCGAGCAAGCCCAGGCGCGGCGGCAGGUGGAGCUCGCCGAGCUGCAGCUCGAGGAGGUGCGGCGCGGCGCAAAGGCGGAGCUCGACACCGUCAGGGAACGCCGCACGGCCGCGCUCGCUGACCUGCGGGCGGCGCGAGCGGAGGUGGAGUCGCUGGAGAAGGUGCGCGCGCGCGCCGCGGCCGAAGCAGGCGCGGCGGUGGCGCGGGAGCGGGAGGCCGCCGCGGCGUCGCGGGAGGCUGGGAAGGCCGUCGAGGACCUCACCGCCGAGCUCGUCGCGCUGAAAGGGGAGCUGGAGUCCUCGCACGCCGCCCAUGUCGCGGCGGAGCAGAAGAGGAUGGGCCUGGCGGUCGCGUGGGAGGAAGACAAGGCGCGGUGGCAGAUGGAGCUGGAGGAAGCCGAGCAGGAGGCCAAGGGGCUGCGAGAGAAGCUCGUGGUUGCCUGCGACGUCGAGACGAAGGCGGUGGCGGCUUCCCAGCUCAUGGCGAGCCUAAAAGCUGAGCUGUUCGCUUACGCCGUCGAGAGAACAACACUGGGACAGGAGGAGGAGGCGACAGCGAUCAGCGACCGGUUGAUGCUGGAGAAGACCAAGAAAGAGCUCGACGACGUGAAAGCGAGCGUCGAGAUGGCCAAGCACGAGGCCAAGUGCCUGCGCGUCGCCGCCGCCUCGAUGCGCGAUGAGCUGGAGAAGGAGAAGGCAGGGCUCACCGCGCUGCGGCGGAAGGAAAGGGAAAGGCAAGGGCUCUCGUCAGCGUCCAUCCCUUACCUCGAGGAGGAGUUGAGGUGGGUGACCGCCGAGCUCGCCGAGGCACGAGCGAAGAGGGGCAGCGACGAGAGCGAGAUGGCCGAGCGUGUAGCCGAGGCACGGCGAGAAGCGGAGGAAGCCAAGGCGAAGGCCCGGUCGGCUCGAGAAAAGGUCGCCAGGGCCAAGGAAGUUGCGGGCGUGGCCAAGGCCGCCGUCGCCGCCAUGGAGGCGCGGCUGGAGGCGGUGACGCGGGAGAUACUCGCCGCGAACAAGUCGGCCGAGACCGCCACGGCCUCGGCCGGCGCGCUGCUGCAAGAAAGCAAGCCGUCGAGCGAUAAGGACGUGGAAGCAGGCGUGACCGUGACGCUGACGGUGCAGGAGUACGCCGAGCUGAGCCGGAGAGCGCAGGAGACAGAGGAGGCCGCCGGCAUGCGGGUGGUCGAGGCGGUGAAGCUGAUCAAGGAGGCCAAGGACGCGGAGGUGAGGAGGCUGGAGAAGGUGGCGCGGCUGGACAAGCAGACCGAGCAGAGGCGGCUGGCGCUGGAGGCCGCGACGCUGGAGGCCGAGGAGGCGGAGUUCGACAAGCUGUCAGCGGAGCGGGAGCUGAGGCAGUGGCGCGCCGAGCACGAGCAGCGGCGCGCGCCCGGCGACACCGACUCGCCCCGCCCGGGCCUCGCCGAGAUCUCCGUGCUCCACGACCAGGGCACCGGCGAGGGGCGCGGGAACCCGCACAUAGUCAGCCCGAGGGCAGGCUACAUGCCGCGGACGGAGCUGGUGAUGACGGGAUCGGCGGCGGAUGCGGAUGCGGAUGCGGACGCGAGGCAGAGGAAGACCUUCUUCCCGCGGAUUGUCAUGUUCUUCGCGCGAAAGAGAACUCAGUCUUGGAAGUGAUGCACAACAACCGGCUUCCUUUUGAAAUUUCUUUUGGGGCUUGCUUCUGGUACGUGGCUUUCUCGGAUGGAGCAGAUCAAAUAUGACGACACAAGUGUAAAAUGUGUAUUGAUCAUAAUUUUUUUUUUCGUUUUCACUCGGAGUUGUGAUCCAUGCUUGGAAAUAUGGACCGGCUUGAAUCUUGAUAGUUGGUAAGGUCUUGUUCUUUUGUCCAAUCCAAAAAUCAUUUCAGCUGAUCAAAACUUAUACUCCCUC